UUUUUUUUUGGUUUUGCAGAUGCUGUCACAUCGCAAGCAUUUGAAGGGCCUCUGAGUGCAAUUGUUCUUCUGAUUUUAUUUCCGACCCCGUGAAGGUUGCUCCAAUUGCGCCCGGACGUACAGGGGAGAUUCCCGUAAAACAAAACACGGCAAGCCAGCAACAGUACGGGAAGACAAAAGAUGAAAUCGACACAGGUCAUGCGAUAUGCCGUUCGCCUAAACUGUGCACAGGUCAACGAAGUGGCGAGCAAGUCUACGGAUCGGUAUACCACCAGAUCAGCCGCUUUGCUCGCGGCACUUGGCAUUGGGCUGUCUUCGUUUAGUAUGAAACAAAUGCUAAGCAAACAAACUAAAAGAAAGCUGUAAAGCUGAAGAAAGAUGUAAGCUAUUUUGCCAUACUGUAAAACUUUCUUCGUUCACUCCGAUCCUGCCACGAAAGUGGUAACAAAUUUUAAGUAAUGCUGCGUACCGCUGCACUGCACGAUACGAUGGAUAUAAUAAGCAUGUAGCUGACUCAACGAUGACUACAAACUGUUCCGGUGUUACUCAACUUCAAAUUGCAAAAGCACCAUAAGCUGGCAACAAAAAAGAUACAACAUUCAAAAAGGUCAUCCUAAACUAUUGGAACUAUUUUGACGCCUCCUCAAAUGCCAAUGGCUUUGUCAAUAGGGGUCCAGCACGCCAUAAUAUUAGAGAAAAUAGGAUCAAGAUCGUUCACUUCGUUAACCUAACAUUUGCCAGUUAGUUGCGUACGGGUGAACAUUUUAAUAAUGUUUUCUACAAAAACCAUACUCAUUAAAUAGCUUUGCAAGAAACUAUACGCUCGUAAUGCUUUUGACUCGAUGGAUACUUUAUAAUUUAUAUACAGUCCUUUGGAGUGCUACUUCAUACCGUAACAUCACGGAAUGCGAUAUUACGAAUGGUUUACUCAUGCGAAAUGACGCAAGUUGAACCUAGGCAUCGUAGAUAUAAUUAUGACUCGCCAGCAAAGUUUUUGCUUCCUUUCAAACGGCAAACAAAAGAAUGGCUUAGGUAGAUAAUUCGAUUAUGGAACCAGUAAAGACUGCAAUGCAAAGAAAGGAUUUAAACGCAUAUAGAUUUACACAUAUCCAGUAAUACGCGGGAAUUGACGAUUGCCAGACCAGGAAUAAUGGAAUUCGGUAUGAUUACCCACAAAAGGAAUUCAAAUGAAUUCUUGGUAGCAAAGCUAAACCCCAAAGGUUUUGGACUACAAGUAUAAGUAUCGUGCAUGAUAGAGGGUAUUCAGUUUAACUGAAAUGCGAUGAAAACAGAAUCCUAAGAUAUGUGGCUACAUUUCACAGGUUUGAUUUUCAAACACAUUUAAGAUAGGCCGGAUUCGGUGUGAUAGCUAGAAAGAUAAAUAAACAAAUUGAUAUCUUUGCUUAAAUCUA